GACGGCGCUGGAGACGCUGGAUCGUGUCCUCGAGCUCGGGUCUCAGGUCCUGCGAUGUGUAAGGGGUUGUCCGCCAUCCCCGCCUCAUGCCUGGAGAAGGCGAAGGGCAUGAGGGUGAAGCUGUCCCACCUGGCCGAAAAACAGGAGUGGGUUUACAAACACAGAGCGAAUGAGGAAAAGCUGCCACAGGACUUGGAGUCUCUGCUCAACAGCAAACUGGGCCUGCAGGCCUUCCGCUGGUUCCUGCGCUCGGAGUUCAGCGAGGAGAACCUGGAGUUCUGGCUGGCGUGCGAAGAGUACAAGAACUCUUACGGACCCAAACUGGCGGGAAAAGCCCAGUGCAUCUACAACCAGUUCAUCAACCCCGAAGCUCCUCGGGAGGUGAAUCUGGACAGCGAGACGCGCGAGGGGUUAACGGGGCUGAUGCAGGAACCCACGGCGGACACGUUUGAUGAGGCUCAGCAUCGCAUCUUCUCCCUGAUGGCCAAGGACUCGUUCCCUCGCUUCCAGCGCUCCCUCAGAGUCCUGUAA